ACUUUGUCCGAAAGACGUCAUUGGGCGCAGCGGCUGCAUUGGACGCUAUUUAUAGACUGUCAGCCCAUCUAAAUUUACCAAAUCGUGCUCGCUCUUAUUAACACACUUCCCGCAAUUCAUCCGCGAGCUGAGCCAACACGUCACCAAAGCAAACCCUUCUUCGACCUUGGCCACAGGCACUUCCUUUUGGGUCGAUUUUCUGCAAUAGAAUAUUUAGCAACUUGACUGUCACAUCAGCAAUCGCUUCAUUCCGCUCACAUACAGCUAGAAUGGCCGAAGAACGGCGGAACGACUUCCCUACAGAAGGUUUGCAAGCAAUGGUGAAUGUUGCUCAAAAGGCGCGGCUAGCGUUUCACCAGGACUUUCGGCGAGCCUUCCCAUCGUUAAUGGAUUUGAGCGUGGAAAAGGUUUUGAGCAAUGAAACACGCUUUUGCAAUUUCAGCGGUGUAAAUAGCUUCCAGCUUUUACCCAGUACGCUGCUGCAAAGGUUGAUCGACGUAGCGUACAGCAGGUCCGUCAGCGUUCCCUUUCUAAAGUUGCUUCUAAACGAGCGGACGCAAGAGUUUGAUUUGAGAUGCGUGCCGGAGAAGAGCUGGCAUCAAGUCUGGAAACAUAUCUGUCAAAAUUGCAGGCAGCUCGGCAAAAUCCAAUUCCCGGAAAGUUUUAGUCGGACUGACGUCCUCGAGGAUGUUUUACAAAUGAGAAAUUUAAGGAGCUUAUCAGCGUUGGGAAACUUUGUGCUUUUCCCAGGAGAUGUCUUGAGAAUAAGCAAUUCUCUUCCGCAUUUAAAUUCCCUUCAUCUUGUCGUUGCCCAGAACUUCCUCAGUCAGAACGGUCACAGGCCAUUGGCCAACUUAAAAAACCUAACGGAUCUAUGCCUUAAACAAGAGUCUGCCUUUCCACUUUACUUUGAGGAAGAGGAGCUCAUCAAAAUACAGGCAGUGCGGGCAAAAAUAUACCUUUACAAGCGUCUUCCCUACCUUCGAAAAUGCGUGGUUGACGUUCACUUCAGAAUUUCGGACAAUUGGGAUGACGACUUCCUGAGUUUAUUGCCUUCUCAAAGAUGCUGCCAUCUGAAAAAGGUCACUUUAGACCACCGACUAAGCAAGUGCAAGUGGCCCAAAAAUGUGAUAGUGGAUGAGCUGCAUUUAAUUUCUCGGUUCAAAACGAUGGAAAACCUGUGGAAAAUACAGGAAUUGAAAAAUGUGCAAAAAAUCGUGAUGGAUGAAUUCCAACCUCAAGCUAUUGGCAUGGCUUUGAAAAAUUUCUCAGAGUCCUUGCGGUCUCUAUCGAUUAUUUCUUACGACUGCUCUUCUACCGAAUCAUUUGGUUUCGAUUUAUUUAGUCUUAUUUUGAGCUGUCCGCUUCUUGAAGAAUUUCAAUAUAUCGGCUAUUAUAAGCUCUUGAAUUCCAAUCAGUGCUCUCGUAUAACACUUCAGCAUUUAAAACAUAUAAAGUUCCACAGUUAUAGCUGUAUUGAUUCAACUCAAUCUUCGGAAUUUUUGAGAUUUGUGAUAAAGCAUUCACCGAAGCUCCAGAUUUUAGAAAGUGGCAAUAUUUCGGUGAAUGAUAUUCUGUGGAUGAAUUGUGAGAAUGGAAUAAGCAAAUCCUUGCGAGCAUUAAACGUUUUAUGUCCAAGUGUGAAUAUUCGUGUAGAAGAAUCUAGAAAUUUUAUUGCAGCUCUCAAGCUGUUUCUGGUUACGUGUGUUCCUCUUGAAAAUAUUGAUGUCCAUUAUAUUGGGGAGAGUACUAAAAAUUUUAUUAUUGAAGGUGAAAAACUGAACAAUUUUUGUGAUCAGCUAAUUAAUAUUGUCUGUUCUGUAACGCCGUUUGAUCCUGUUUUAUUUUAAAUACGUAUAAUUUAACUAUUUUCGGCAUCCCCAUUAAUAUCUCAUCUGAUAAUUUCAAAUUUAAUACUAAUGGACUUCAAUUUUCCAAUGAUAUUUUAAAUUACUGGAAUCAUAAUUUUACGAUUGAUAAUGGAUUUUAUGAAAACCUUAUAAAAUCCAUAAAAUUCAGAACUAUAUAAUUUUCUAACAGAACUGAAAAUAAAUAAGUUUCUCGCUCAACGAAUUAUGUAACUUUUUGAAUAUUUUGCACUGCAAAGGUAAGUGCUCCGAACCCCACUUCUUGCCCCUUUAAAACCAGCGGUUAAUUGAAAGUUAAUUUUUCCACAACGUCACAACGGGUAAGUGUGGGAGACGUCCGCAGACUAACAUAUUUCUUUAGUUGGCAGAGUAAGUGGUGAGAGUCCAAUAUUUCACUUAUAGCUUAUUCCUCUUCAUUUCAGUUCAGUUCCUGUUCCGAUUCCAUUUAAUUUCACAUUGUUCAAAGUGAAGAUAUUGGAUUUCAAAUUAACCUCGUUGUAAUAUACACAUUAUAAUUUCUUCUCUAUCGUCUAAAUUCAGUUCUCAAUACAAUUAAGUCCUUAUUAAACCAGCCUAUUUCAUUUUCCUAACCUAGGAAUUAAAGAACUUACGCUUCCAUGAUCCGCUCGCCUUUUAAUCUUCAUAUUUUCACAAUUAAAAUCAAUUUCCUAAAUCAUAUAUUCCAUUUCCAACUUUGGGAACCAAUUAAAGUUGGUGGUAUCAGAAAUAAUCCUGAUAGGGCGUUGUUCUCCCAGGAGGGUAACUACCGUGGAAUUCUGUCCUGGGGCCCCAUCCUUUCAGGGGACCACGAAGGUUGCGACUUGAAUCUAGUGAAAUAGGCUAUUUUUUCAUAUUUCAUCUGCCUCACUAGUCCUGACAGAGCCGCAAUUGACAUAACCAUUUAGUAACAAAUUAUCCCCAAAUUCCAUUUUUGGCUAUUUUCAUUUUGUUAUCC